AUGACUCGGACGCAACAGAGACUGGCUAUACUGAUCAAUGGCGAUUCAAUGCCAUUUGAUCCUGGAAACACCUCAAGUUGCAUGGACUCAAGUUCAUUGUCCGAAUUGACCUUUCUUUCCUCUGAUUUAAGAGCGACCAGUGUCUUUCUCUUGUCUUCCAGUACUUUCUCAUACUCGUCCAGAGUCAUCUCCUUCACCUCAGGCUCCUUCUCUUAUUGUUCAUUUGCAGAAGACUCCUUGUUAGCAUCACUGACAUCAUCUUGCACUGGUUCCUUCUUAGCAUCAGUUUUCUUCUCUCCUUCAUUAAUAGGUUCUUCAGUUUACAGGGCAAUCUCAUCAGUGGGUACACCCCAAUUUCCACGACCAGAUCCCUCAAUUACAUGUCCAGACUAA